UCUUCCUUUUCAUCACAAGAUUCUCAUUUCUCCUUUCCUUUCUUCUUCUCCUUCCUCUUCUUCCUCUUUUCACAAGAUCACGAGCGAAGCUAGAUACGACACCUUUUCAUCGACGAAGAGAACACUGAUGGAAUUGCUAUCCGAUGCUUUGUUUGAUUGUUCAGAAAACUAAUAAGAAAAAUCGGAAAACGUGGUACAGAAGCCGGACAAUCGGUGGAAGAAAUACGUAUAUAAGGAAUUUUUUCUUCUAAUAUUAGGAAAAUUACAAAUACCAUUUCGAUUCUGAGGUGUUGUGGAGUUAGAAUUUUGAAUAAUUAUACGCUGUUUUACGUGAUUGGUGAUUUUUUUUUCAUUGGUUCGAGGGGGCGUGGUUGGUGAUUGUUGAUCGGUGGAAGGAAGAGAGACUGAGGGGUAAUUUAAGGGUUUGAGUGGAGAAGGGAUGGACUGCAGGGUGUUGUGUGCGGCUGCGGCAGCCGCGGGGGCAGGGGAGUGGUGGAAGACAAGAGGAGGCGUGGGGCAGAUCGGAGGUGCCUUCAGCCACGAAAGCGAGCACGACCUAGCUCUCAUGGUCAGCGACUUCCUCGAGAACGGCGGAAGCGGGGGAGCUGAGUCCUGGUGUAGCAGCGACAGCGACUCGGGAUUCUCCGAUCUCGCUCACCAAGUGGACAAACUAUCGUUUUAUAAGCCCUCAGGGGUCCAGUUUGAGAGUGACCUGCUGUCUGUGGUUCAUUCUCUUAUGCUAGCUAUCAACAGUACAGACCUUCACUUCGUCAAGUCGAGUCCAUGCAAUGCCAGCUGUAUCAGAUUUUCUCUUGUAAAGCUCUUGAGACUUUCUGGUUAUGAUGCUGCUGUAUGCUUGUCCAGGUGGCAGGGUAGUGGCAAAGUGCCUGGAGGGGAUCACGAAUAUAUUGAUGUGGUGAACUAUAAUGACAGCGGAAACUCUGAGCGUUUGAUCAUCGAUAUUGAUUUUCGAAGCCACUUUGAAAUUGCUAGAGCAGUUGACUCUUACAAUAGAAUAUUGAAAGCACUGCCUGUUGCUUAUGUGGGCUCCCUAGCACGGCUGAAACAGUAUCUCCAAGUCAUGGUUGAUGCUGCUAGGUCUUCUCUCAAGCAAAACUCGAUGCCUCUUCCUCCAUGGAGAUCUCUUCCUUAUUUGCAAUCAAAGUGGCUUUCCCCUUGUAAGAGAAUGUUCAGUCCCGACGGAAAGGGUUUUAAUGGCAAUGAUCCUUCUGAUCAUAAACUGUGCUGUGGACACUUGAAAAGACUGCAGUCAUUGAUACAUUCAGAAACAGAAGAAUGCUUUUUGAAGCCAUUGAAUGGUGACAAUAACAGGAGGCCAAAGCUUGAGAGGCGGAGGCACUCAUUGUUCAGGACGCAUUGAAGUUUACAGAUAUUCACCUGGAGGUGCAAGUCACUUUCAUGAGAGAGUAAUUGUGUAUUGCGACUUUCUUGUUCAGUGAUUCUUUUUACCAGAUACCGAAUAAGGUUCUUAUAGGAAACUACGGUACAAUAACUCAUUAUAUAGUAAGCUGGAUAAAGCUGAUUCUGUUUGUCUGAGGUUGGAAAUUUCAUUUACUUGUGCACUAGCAACAAGUGACAACAUUGGUUUUUGGGAACUGCUGCGCGGCCUCAACAGUCUUGACAGCACCAUAGCCAGUCGGAACUUUGUUGUGGUGCAUCAACCUAUAAGUUGUGCUAUUUUCCCCCUCCUCUCCUCUUAUUUUCCCCUUUUUUUCAUUAUAUUGAUUCAUUCCUUGCCUCUUAUUUGACGGGCCUAGGAAAUUUCGGUCUUACUUUUCUUGAAUGGUUUUUGAACUUCGUUUUUGAGCAUGUCUUUUAUUGGAGUAAAUGUUGGACAGUAUAAUAAAAUUGAUUAGCAAGCAUUAUGUAUUUGGGUUUGUUAUUGUGAAA